CGAAUCUAGGGUUUCCGGAACCUGCUGUGGCUCCUGGCCCUGCAGUUGUCCUGGAGCCGAGGACCAUGUAUCCAUGGAAACCUUCGCCUUGGACCCUCGAGUGCAGCCGUGGAGCUGCGGAACGGGUGUUGUUCUUCUCUGUCAGGAAGUUCUCCCAGGGCUUCCUUUUUGCUGAGUGAAUUUUUGGUGGAUUUGGGCAGGAGCGGGAGAUUAAGCUCGAAGAGCCCUCUAGCGCAAAGUAAGCUAAUAGUUCACUGGGUCUGGCCCUUAGCAUUGACUUCAGUAUGCUGCGACGAAAACCGACCCGCCUGGAGCUGAAACUUGAUGACAUUGAGGAGUUUGAGAGCAUUCGAAAGGACCUGGAGACUCGUAAAAAACAAAAGGAAGAUGUGGACGUUGUAGGAGGCAGUGAUGGAGAAGGUGCCAUUGGGCUCAGCAGUGACUCCAAGAGCCGGGAACAAAUGAUUAAUGAUAGAAUAGGUUAUAAACCCCAACCCAAGCCCAACAAUCGUUCAUCUCAAUUUGGAAGUUUUGAAUUUUAGAGGUGGAUUAUUUUGCAUGCUGGAGCCCUGGAAUGGAGUAAAAUGUUGGCGGAAGUGCAAACAAGAUUUAGAGAAUCAAGUGCUUGCUAUCAAGCAGAAUUUUUACCUCCUAUUGAGAGAAAUAAUUUUGCAUGAGAUUACUAUUGCUUAACAUUCAUUAAGCUGAAAUCCAAACUCUAGUUUGUCUCUGGAAACUUUGACUCUACAAAACUUGUCUGAUUUUUGUUUUUAAAAAUAAAUAUAUUUUUGGAAAACUGUG